AUGGUGCAACGCAAUACAUCACAUACCAGAGAUGACAGAGUUAAAGGGAAAGGGAAAAAUGCAGAAAUGGGGAGCAAUAAUGGAAGCGAGCAAGGGAAAGGCAAAUCUGUUAAUUGGGAGGAUGCAACUCAAAAAGAGUGUAGUCGAAACCUGUUUGAGGAGGAAUUUAGUACUAAUCCUAGCAGUAACAGUGUCUUAUAUGAUGAGGACUUGGAAGAGACUAGAUAUGAAGCACAAAUUUUAUCGGAUGAUUCCGAGACUGACCUGGAAAGUUCACACGAAGUUGAUUACGGAGAUGAGUUGUUUGAUGAUGAGAGUGAAGUAGGAAAUGAUACAGAGAAUAACAAUCCGAAUGAAACCAAAUCCCAGAAGCGGUGUACUCGUGGUUCCAAAUACCUUAUACCUGAGGAAUAUGCUACCCUUGGUGGCCCUUCAAAAGUAUGCAGCUCAUGCAAUGCUAUGAUGUGGCAUGAGGAGCGUGUGAACAAGAACGUGACAAAAGGUAAACCACUGUUCUCCAUAUGUUGCAGAAAAGGAGAAGUGAAAUUACCAGAUCCAUUGCCGACUCCAAGCUAUCUGAAUAAUCUUUAUAAAGAUUUAACUAGAGGCCCAGAUUUCCAAAGAAGCAUCAGGAUCUACAAUGCUAUGUUUGCCUUCACUUCUGCUGGUGGGAAUCUCUACAUAUAUGACACAACAAAUGAGGUUAAUAAUCGUCUGCGUUGGGUGAAUGUUUCUGAUCAACAGCCUGUGGAUGCGGAGAUUGUUGAAGGAUUGAUUAGGAUGCUUGAUGAUACUAAUGAAUUGGUGAAAAAGUUCCGAAGUGCACGUGAUCGUUGGGAGAAUAACGAUAUUUGCGAUUUGAAAGUUGAACUUAAAGUAUGUCAUGCUGAGAAUGGCAGGGAGAACCAUAUAUUUGCUUCCGACGAAGUUGCUGGCAUUAUGGUUGGUUCUAGCUCAAACACUACUCCAGAUCGUGAUAUAAUCAUUGAGCCGAAGUUUGGAAAGCUACAACGGGUAUCCUACAUUCAUCCUAAACUGAUGGCACUACAAUAUCCUCUUCUUUUCCCAAAUGGUGAAGACGGAUACCAUGACAAGAUUCCAUUUCAGAGUGCUGAUUUGUCUAAUCUUAAAGAGCGAGAUUAUAUAUCAAUGAAAGAUUAUUACGCUUACCGGUUCCACGUCAGGCCUAAUCAGUCUUUGACAGACCGUUUAGGAGGGAGGUUAUUCCAGCAGUAUGUUGUUGAUGCCUUUUCUUCCAUUGAACAAACACGUUUAUGGUGGUUUCGGAAGCAUCAAACAAUUCUGCGCAAUGAACUAUACAGUCAUAUUUGUGAUUCUGUUCGCAAAGGAGAUUUGGCUUCAUCUAAUGUCGGCAAAGGUGUCAUCUUACCAUCUGGAUUUGUUGGAUCAAAACGAUACAUGCAACAAAACUUUCAGGACGCGCUAGCUGUCUGCCGCCAUGUCGGUCACCCUGAUAUCUUCCUGACAAUGACAACUAAUCCAUUGUGGGAUGAAAUUCAAAAGAUGAUGCAGUUCCUUCCGGGCUGUAAGUCUGAAAAUUCACCGGAUAUCAUAUCUCGAGUGUUUCGCUUAAAACUAGACCAGCUCACCACAGAUAUAAAGAAGAAAGCAUAUUUUGGUGUUUGUGUUGGAGAGUUUCAGAAACGAGGUCUUCCCCAUGUGCAUAUGCUAAUUUGGCUCGACAGUAAAUCCAAGAUUUAUCUGAAAAACAAUGUUGACAAAUUCGUGUCUGCGGAGAUACCUGAUCCUGUUAAAGAUCCUGUUGGAUAUGCUGCAGUGAAAGCUUUUAUGAUUCAUGGGCCAUGCGGACUGCAAAACACUAAAUCUCCCUGCAUGAAAGGUCUGAAAUGUAUCAGGCAUUUCCCUAAGAAGUACGCUGCCAGGACGACAUUUGAUGAAAGUGGGUUUCCUAUUUACCGGAGGCGAAGACAGAACAUAACUGUUAAAGUUCGUAAUGCAGAGUUGGAUAACCAAUGGGUCGUCCCUUACAAUCGAGAUUUGUUGGUCAAGUAUCAAUGCCACAUGAACAUUGAGAUUUGCUGCCAUGCUCGGAGUCUGAAAUACCUCUUUAAGUAUUGCCUAAAGGGCCACGAUACUGCAACUGUACAUGUCACUGGAAGGAAGAAGAGAAGCUCAGUCCAGAAUCCCGGUGAAAGCCUAGAUGAAAUUGAUGCAUACUUUGAUGGUCGCUACAUCUGUGGUGCAGAGUCGGCUUACCGGAUUUUUGGUUUUCCUAUACACCAUCGCACAAUAUCUGUUGAGCGACUGCCAUUCCAUUUACCAGGUCAAAAAAACUGCACAUUCCAUUCUAGCCAGCCAUUAGACAAGGUUGUUGAUCGUGAGAAGAAUAGGCUCGGCAAGUUGGAAGCAUUUUUCGAGUUAUGCACUGUUAAUGUGGCUGCUCAGCAAUAUACGUAUCAAGAAAUACCCGAGCAUUUCGUUUGGGAUGAUGGCCAGAGGAAAUGGAAUCCAAGGAAGAGAGGAUUUCAAAUUGGGCGACUUUCCUACACACAUCAUAGCAGUGGUGAAGUGUGGUUUAUGCGGCUUUUGCUCACCAAAGUACGUGGUCCAACUUCUUUCAAAAGUCUUAGGACUGUCAAUGGAAAAGAGUAUGAUUCUUUUCGUGAUGCUUGCAAAGAGUAUGGAUUGCUUGAUGAUGACAGGGAAUGGCAUGAGGUGUUAAAUCAAUGUUCGUCUGGUGGCUUACCUCCUCAAAUCAGGCAGCUUUUUGUUCACAUUAUUGUCAACUGCAAGGUCACUGAUUUAUCUGAAUUGUGGAGUAUGCACUGGAAGCAAAUGGUCGAUGAUAUCGUUUUAAAAAGGAGGCGUUUAAAUAAUGAUGAUAGUUUGAUGCUGGAUGACAAGCAGCUGCAAUUUUAUACCCUUGCAGAGAUUGAUGAUUUGCUCCGUUCCAUAGGCAAGUCAUUAAAAAAUUUUCCUCAACUGCCCCAACCACCAGAGAACUAUCUCAACCAUGGAACUAAUAAUCUGAUUCUAGAAGAAACCAACUACAAUAUUACUGAAAUGGAAAGAGAGAACCAGAAAUUGCUGUCUACCAUGAAUGAGGAACAAUUAAACGUGUACAAUGCAAUUUUAGAUUCUGUGGGGAAGAAUGAAGGUGGUCUGUAUUUUGUUCAUGGCAGCGGCGGUUGUGGCAAGACCUUCCUUUGGAGAACUUUGAUUUCCAAGUUAAGGUCACAAGGUGACAUUGUUCUUCCAGUUGCUUCUUCGGGGAUUGCUGCCACACUUAUGCCAGGAGGUCGAACUGCGCAUUCGAGGAAAUAA